AUGCAUAUCACGACAACCACCAUACUUCUCACCAUACCAUUCCUCAUUCCCCUGGCCACGGCAUGGGGCAGCUUGGGCCACCGCACAGUAGCGUAUCUCGCCAGCAUGCACUUCAGCACGCAGUCCAACAUAUUCACCAACACGCUGCUCAACGGGCAAGACAUCUCAGAGGCAGCGCUCUUCCCGGACAAAGUACGGCACAUGCCACAGUUCUCGUACUCGGCCGGAUGGCACUUCAUCGACGCCCGGGACUCCCCGCCCAAGACGUGCGGCAUCAACAUGACACGCGACUGCAUCAUGGACGAGGGCGGAUGCGUGGUCAGCGCGAUCGCGAACCACACGGCGCGCGUGGCAGACGCGGACCUGCCCAGGUUCUACCGGGGACAGAGUCUGCGCUUCAUGAUGCACUUUUUUGGUGAUGUCCAUCAGCCGCUGCACACGGAGGCGGAGGGCCGGGGUGGCAAUGAUAUUCCCGUGGUAUUUGAUGGCGUACAUACGAAUUUACAUAGUGCAUGGGAUACGCUGAUUCCCAAGAAGCAUGCCGGUGGAGCGGCUGGUGGUGCUGAGGUUGAAAUGGCCUUUGCUUGGGCCUGGGCUACGCGCUUGUAUAGUAAGGACAAGGGCAUGGCAGUCAAAGAGGAGUAUCUGGGUGAUGCUUCCCGGUGUGCACUCGAGUGGGCGCGGGAGGCGAAUUCUUUCAUUUGUUCGUAUGUCAUGGCUGAUGGGUACAAGGACCAGGAUCUGAAUGGGACAUAUUACGAUGGCGCCGUCACGAUUAUAGAUGACUUGGUUGGAAAGGCGGGCAGGAGAUUAGCGGCGUGGAUCAAUGGUAUGACUACAGACGCUCUUGGUUUGCACACUCAGCUAUGA